AUGAAUUACAUAGUCCCAUUUCUUAGUUUGUUCUUUGUCUUCAUUAUCCAGUUAUCUUCAGCAACUGCAAAUGGUUUCUGCUUACAAACUUACAUUGUUCAUGUUGAUUUACCAGAUAGCCAAAUGUUAUCUGAUCAAUUAGAAACAUGGUACAGUUUGUUCUUGCCGACAACUUUAGCUUCCGAAACCGAUCAAACACCACGAAUUGUAUAUUCCUACCGCAAUGUUUUCCCCGGUUUCGCAGCCAAAUUAACACCCGACGAAGCGAAAGCAAUGGAAAAGAAGGCAGGAUUCAUAUCGGCGAAGCCAGACGAUAUGCCAUUGCACACCACUCACACAACAAUCGAGUUCAAAGGAACAAUAACCGGCGAUAGAAAAUCUCCGACGGUGGCUGACUUUUCUGCCAGGGGACCGAAUUACGAAAGCCAGGGAAUCCUAAAGCCGGAUGUCGUAGGCCCGGGAGUUAACAUUCUUGCAGCUUGGCCGAAUCUUGUCGCAAAUAAUAACACGAGAAGUAACUAUUUCGAAAUGAUCUCGGGUACUUCGGUGUCGUGCCCUCACCUGAGCGGCGUGGCGGCAUUGACCAAGAGCGCACAUCCCGAUUGGUCGGCCGCCGCCAUCAAAUCGGCGAUCAUGACUUCUGCUGACGUCAUGGAUCGCGAGAACCACCCGAUAAUGGACGAAGAGCAUCUCCCGGCCGAUGUUUUCGCUGUCGGUGCGGGGCAUGUCAACCCUGCACGGGCGAGCGAUCCGGGGCUUAAUUACGAUAUCGCCCCUGACGACUAUAUCCCUUACUUGUGCGGCUUGAAUUACACGAGUAGGGAGGUGAGCAGGAUCUUGCUACGUAGAGCUCAUUGCUCGGCGGUGCCGAUAAUUCACGAAGGGCAGCUGAAUUAUCCUUCGUUUGCAAUUCGGUUAGGUUCGCCUAAUCAGACGUUUACGAGGACGGUUACUAAUGUUGGAGUGGCUGUUUCGAGUUACAACGUUGAGGUUGUUGCGCCACAUGGCAUUAGCGUGGUUGUGACGUUCGAGACACUUAAUUUCACUCGGUUGAACGAGAAAUCGACAUACGAAGUUAGUUUUCGGGGAUCGGAAUAUGUCGGCGACACGUUUGAUUCUCGUCAGGGGUAUAUUCUCUGGAAAUCGGCUAAGCAUUCGGUUCGGAUCCCAAUUGCUGCUUUCCAUCUUUGA